GCAUGAUAUUUUCAGAACAGAUAGACAAGUCAAUCCAUUCACUCCUCUAAAGCUGUGGUGCACUCUGCUUCAACUUAAGUGAAAGCAACACAGACAUGCCUGCCUUGGUAGGAUGUUCUGCGGGCUGCAGGGUGCUGGCCUAGAGCAUGGACCACUCCAAAGUCCCCACUGAAGAGAACCUCUGCAGCCUGUGAGCAGAGGGUCCGGUGACUCAGGGGCACUGGGCGUCGAGUGUAGCUCUUGGCCCUGUGCCUCCAGGUCUGCUGCAAUCUCCAAUGCAUCUGUGCUUUCCCUGCAUAUGCAGACUAUGCAGUCUAGGGGGUCCCAGGAGUCACACAGAUGUUGCUCUGCUCCCUCCUCUGUCUGGGUGGCUGUCUCAGAUGCACUACGUUUUAAACAGAAUGUCAUCAAGCACAGGAGAGCGUGUGCCUUGGCCCAAGUACCAGAACUCAUAGAAUAAACAGAGUCAAUGGGUGUCAGGGGCAACCCUGCACCCACAGUGUCAAACAAAAGCCCCAAACUUGAUCACUGCUGGUGGUCAUCGUGGGUCACACCGAGGGAGGGCAGAGAAUAAAGAGCAUGGGAAGGGAGGCAGUGAUCUACUGUUAUGGGCUAGAUCUUACGUGCCCUGCUCUCGUGCUGAAGCCUUGGUCCCCACCUGACAGGGCUUUCGGGAGAUAGUGGGAUCUUGAGGAGCUGGAGCCCGUGCAGGAGGAGAGCUCACCCUUGGCCUUCUUGUCUCUCUGCUUCCUGUUCACCAGAAGGGAGCAGCUUACACUGCCCCACCCUGGGGAAAGCAACCACGGACUGAAGCCACUGGAACCGUGAACCCAAACAAAGGUCCCCUCCUCCUAUGGGAAUUAUGGUAGUCUUCUGUCCUGCAGAGACCAACACAUCUACUCAGCAAACUCUGCUCACAGCGGGCUCGUAUGAUAGCCCACCUGUGCACAGACCAGGCGAAAAAACACACCUCUCUUACUGCAUCUGUUACUACUUUCCAAGAAAAUCAUCACUCGCAACGAAAGGGGCACUUUUCUAACCUUAAAUACUGGUACGAAAACACAAAUACAGCCCCAUCUCCUUGGCAUUAAAACCCUAAAAGACUGUGACAUCUUAAAGGCUUCAUUUCUUCUCACUGGUAAGCACUUAUACUUGAUGCUGGGAAUUUUAUAUUCAAAUUCACCUCGGUGAGGUACACCCCCUUGCCUCCUGCCUACAACAGGCUGUUGUCUUACUUCAGGCUUCUGCUACAAUAAAGAGUCUGAGACUAGGUAUUUGCAGACAACAGAAAUGAAUUGCUUACAGUUCUGCAGGUGGGGAAGCCGCAAUCAAUGCGCCAGGACCCUGUCUGCUCCAUAGCUGCUACCUCCUUGCUGGGCCCUGGCAUGGCAGAAGGACACGCAGGUUCCACAGGAUUCUCUUAAGAGAAAAGUCUUCCCAUCUGCAAGGACACAGCUGUGGUAAAGAAGCUGUGUACUUUUUACCACCCCUGGACUGGGGAUCUGGGUUCAGUAUAGGAGUUUGGAGGAGACACCAGUCAUAGAAACCACGCAUCGCUUUUUGAGCAUCUCAUGGAAAGACCUGACAAGUAACCAUAACCAGGAAAUGUACACGACUGUUUCUAGAAGGAGACUGCUUUGUACAAAUUGCUUUAAAUCUCCGUCUAGCCUUGACAAAUGACAGAGUAACUGAUACUCAAAUGAUACGGAAGAAAAGAAUCAGAAUAAAGCUCAAGCAAGCAUAGAAAGGAGACCAGUAAAAUCCUCUCCCACCCAGCCUUUCAAGGAGACAAAAGAACAAAGUACUUGUUCCAAAAAUAACAAACAAGAAAGUGAUGACCACUCUCCUCUGAUUCCACCCAGUUUGCAUGGCUCAGAUUCCAAAUAAAGCCACACCAAGAGGAACAGGAAGCUGGGACAAAGAAAAGGAAGGACAGUAUUUCAUACCUGCACUCUAAAAUCUGCUAACGUUUCAGUCUCACCCUUUCUGGAUCACUGGAAAGACAAGAAGGGUGGUCCUGGGCCACGAAUGGCUAACUAGAGGAACACACUUCAGGGUGAAAUGGUCCUGGUCCGUGAGAAGACAGAAUCCCAAGGAUGCUGAGCCCUGCAGGCAAAGCCUUUUCACUCAUAUAAAACAGAAGCUCGUCCUCUACCCCAAACCUUCCAGUUUGGGAAACAACUCUGCUCCUCAUUGAUAGGUCUGUAACAAGAGGAAGCUCUGGAUGCCUCUGUUCCAAGUCUGGCCUCUCCGUCUCACUGAUCCAGGUAAAAUAAAACCAAGGGAACAGUUAGCUGCCAGGAGAGCAAGAGUCAAGGCACACUGGGAACCAAGCAGGGCUGCUGCCUUGAUUUGCAGACCAGGUGCCACGAUACAGGCUGGUGUGGGGCUGGGAUUUCUCCAAAAUCAAGAGCAUGUGGUCACCGUGUUGCCCUCUACCAGCAUUUCUGCAAGAUCCCAGGCUGAAAGAUCGUUCAGUGCCUUCUUUGGCACGUGCCUGCCCAGCAGAUAGGCCAAGAUUCUCAAGAGCCCAGCCUGGACUGAACAGCAUGAUGACGAGGUAACUGGAACUAACUAAUGUGAGCAAUCCUCAUCUCCACGCUUAAACCUCAGAGGGAGCACAGGGGUUCAAAGAACGCAGGCGCUUGCUCUUCCCAAAAUUCACCCAGGGCUUGGCUGAUGUUAAAGAAAGCCACACUAUUUGGGUCUUUGACUUUAUGAUGUCUGCAGGUUGAAAGCAAUAGCCCAGGCUAAGUUAAGGUGCUCGUGGGGGACCAUGCUCACGCACACACGUCCGUGGGUUUCUGUGGAAGGAUGACACAUCAGCCCCACCACUCAGCCUCUCAGGGCCAGACACUGUGUCUACCGCAAACGCCAUGCCUCUGGGCCCUCGAGGCAUCUCACACAACCUGCGAGGUGUGGCAGGCUCUUCUACCCUGUCCUGAGUGCCCACACUGGGCAAGAAGGCAGCCACAUGCCAGCACAGGGGCAGAUAACAGGGCUCUACCCCACCGUAGGAUGCUGAGACAGAAGCCCGGCCAAUUACUGCCAUGCUGUAUUCAGCUACCUCCAAACUCCAAAGAUUCUUUCCCCUCCCAGAUUUUUCUUAUUAUGGAACUCAGGACCCUGCACUUGCCAGCCGGGCGCAGUGCCCCUGAGCUCUACCCCCCUGCCACCUCUACUUUCUGAUGAUUUUAAGUAACUGUAUCAGACUCCCGGAAAACACAGUCUGAUGCACACCGCAGGUGACAUGUAUCCAAACUGCAAAUUCUGAGUGUUCAUGAAACACGCAUGCUACCUCCAUCCACCACCCUCCCACUAUGGCCGUUACGGCACUGAUUAGGGUUCAUGGCCCCAGAUUUAAAGGCAGCAACUCAUCUGAUGUGGUGACAGAACACCUGAUAGGACUUGGAGAGCUAUGCCAACACCAUAAAUACUGAUUUGAAGACCCAGUUCUCUAAAACGGGGGUGAAAAAACUCCAGCAUUUUCUUAAGUGUGGGCCAGAUAACAGAUUUCCGGGAACAUCAGGUUAAACUACAUCAAACCCAUUUCAUCUGAAUGCUUUUGGUUUUUAUAUUCACUCUAGAUGACCAAGGUCUUCUUUUAAAGAAACACAGCCUUGUCUUUUGUCUUUUCAGUGACAUACAGAUUAGCUAAUUUUUCUAGUCUGGAUAUUCAGAUAUUGACAUAUCUGUCAUCUUUCUUCUUCCUUUGAGAUCUUGUCACUGUUUUUAAUUUCAGUUCCCUUUGCCCACUCUCUGAGUGACACUUGAGGCACAAAACAGAGAAUUCACGGCUGGUUAAUGGAUACCUUGUGUGAAGUUUAGGAAAAAAAAAAAAGAUGACUCUGAGCCGGGUUAGGUGGCACCUCCCUGUAAUCCCAGCCGUUCAGGAUGCUGAGGCAGGAUGAUCACUAUUUGCAGGCCAGCCUGGGCAGCCUAGGAAGACCCAGUCCCAAAAUAAAAACUGAAAAGUCGGUGGUGUAAAGCUCAGGGAGAAAUGCUAAUCUAGAAUGUAUGAGGCCUUUGGUUAGAUCCUGGGCGCAAGCCCAAAGACUGAAAAAAACCCUGAAUCCCAAAGUGUCUUUUCUGUUUAAAAGUAAAAUUACCGGCAUCAUCUAUUUCCAAAGCACUGUGAAGUGCCCAGUAUUUUUCUCAACAGGUCUGCUAAAAUAUCCAUUUUACUUCCUCAUUUUUCUCUGAUUAAUGCACUUUCCCUGUAAUGUAAAUAUUUCCCUGUGAAGCUAUUUUAUUUUCAGUUUCGUUCCCAGAGAUGCAGGGGCCUGGGGCUAUACUGGCCAUCACAGUGUCCUGAGUAAAGGUAAUAAAAAGUUCCAAAGCAAGAACUCUUUAGAAACUGGCAAUCUAUCACUAUCUGAACAGAUACAUUGAGCGGAGGCGGCCCCAAGGCGCUGGCACACAUUGGUCACUAACAAAGUAGUGUGUGUUUAAAAAGCUGAGUUUUACAGGAGACAUCCUGUGCCACAGAGGAUGCAAAGAUAAACUUCUGGGGAAGUCCUGUGAGAUCUGAUCCUUUCACAGGCGCCUAAGGGGUAAGGAAGCAGAAAUAAGACAGAAAAUGAGGGAAGAGGGAAACGAAAAAAGAGGGCCAUAGUUUUCUGCCUUAUUUUUGCUAGGUUUUUUUUUUUUUUUUUUUUCCCUCUAAAUGGCGUGAAUCAGUUCUGGGACAAGAUGAGAGGAAAUGGCUAACAUUAGUUUCCUGCUUUAUCAACCAACCAACCUACUUCAACUGCCCAAAAGACCCUGGCUGGUAGUGACUCCUAAGAAACUCAAUGCCAGUUAAGCUCCUCUCUCAAGGGCUUGGCUACAUGUGUGUGAAACCCAGGGUCAGGAUUGUCCAUCAAGCUCGUCUACAACUUUGAAAAAUUUACUUGUAAUGAGUCAUCGUGGUUUGCAUUAAAAUUCAUGAACCUCUCGGAGCAGGUUAUCUGGACUCUUCCUCAGUGACUAAGAAAUUUAUUUGACAAUUAAACUUCUUGCCCACCUGAGUAAGAAAAUUCACAUCUACAGCUCUGCUUAUGAAUCCCAGCAGCUUUUCAAAUUCCAAAUUUUGUACCCACAUUAACUGCUCCUCCUAAUGAGUGAUUUCUGUGAGGAUUUCUUUUUCCUGCUUGGGGAUUAAUCCGUUUUUAUCUGUAUCCUUAAAAGAAAAAAAGAGCCUAGUUUUUGUGUGCCAUUAAAAAAAAAAAUCAGUCUCAUUACAGCUGAACAAUUUGGAAAUGUGAUCUUGGAGUCCAAGGUCACAUCCACAAAUUAAGAUGAGCAGAUCAUUUAUUCUUAGCUCUAAAUGGGUUUAGAAUCACUUCUACACUAUCUUCCUCAUUAAGUGCUAGACUUUGGACAAACAGCUUUACAAACUCUCCUAGAGUCGCAAUCUUUUGUUUUUAAUUGGUCAAGUAAAAAUAUUUCCUCCUACCUAGCUGGGUUGUACCAGAUGAAGCAAUCACAAUCAUGUCAACAGUCUAUAAACAAGGGAGUCUUGUUUAUAGAUUCAGGAAGCCUUCCACUAGAGCGGACCUUAGAACAUAUGUUUUGGUGCAUUUAUUCUGUAGAGGGUUUGGGCCGAGAUCAACACUUUUGUCUCAGGAGUUUUUCAACUGAGUGUCUUUAAUUCUUUGAAUUCUGCGUGGAUCCCUUUUUCUGGUAAAGUACUUUCCUGCUAGAAGUGAUUGAGCUGUGGGGUACAUCACUAGGAAUCCGUAGAGAUCAGUGUUUCUCAAACUUUCAGACACUUGGAUUCCAACGCAGAUUUGGACUCUGCAGGUUUGGGGAUGGGGUGUCCUUUGGGCUAAAACUAAGCAAGGGUUUCUCAAUUUCUGCCCUUCUAGGACUGGCUGAAUUCUGCUCGCGGCUUGUUCCAGGGCUGAAUUUUGCAAACACUCGGACUUCCCUACUUUGGCAGUAACCCCACCUCCUGAGUCCAGCUGUGACCCUGACAAUGUUUCCAAUCUUGCGUUCCCAGGAGGGAGGCCAAGUCUGCAGCAGGGAUGCUAAGGUCAACUGAGAAGAACCCUCUCAGCAAAGGAUGCAGCAACCCGCGUCCGCCCCCUGUAGCAGCCAUGGAGCCAGCGGGCAGGUACCCCUGACUGUAUUUUGCAGCUGGGGAAACUGAGGCAGUGCACGGAUCGCAGUGGUCCCCCGAGGUGGCGGAAAAGGAGCGAACCACGGAUGAGCCUGUCGUCCCCAGUUGUCGUCUGCUGAGAGUUUCCUUUCUACAUCUGCACAUGGUGAUCCCCAUCACAGAAGGCCCACAGCAGGAUAACCGCUGGCGGUUCUUAAACUGACCUCAGGGGUGUGUUUUUCUCUUGGUGUUGGUUACGGAUGGGCCUUAAGAGAGAAAAUGCUCAAGUGGCUCAGCUGAAGACACAUGCUUAGGCUGCUGUGGUUACUGGGAAGAGACACCUCCUGGCCGUGAGAUUAAGGACAGCUGUAAGGCCCACCACACAUGCGUCUGCGGUCGGUCACCAAUGCAGAAGGGAUUCUCACCGUGGCCUGGGGAUUUCCAGAUGACACAGCCACCUCAGCUCACAUGCAACUUUUGAAGAUGCGGGUCAGUCUCCUCCUCUUAGUGCUUCUGUGGGAAGCCAAGAGCCAGCCAGCAUUGAGGCCAAACAUAGUCCUGUUGAUGGCAGAUGACCUUGGCAUUGGAGAUCUGGGGUGCUAUGGGAACCAGACGCUCAGGACCCCCAACAUUGACAGGCUGGCUGGCGGGGGAGUGAAACUCACACAGCACCUGGCCGCGUCACCCCUGUGCACACCCAGCCGGGCAGCCUUCAUGACAGGCCGCUACCCCAUCCGCUUAGGAAUGGCCUCUCACAGCCGGAUGGGAGUUUACCUGUUCACUGCUUCUUCUGGAGGACUUCCCACCAGUGAGGUGACGUUUGCCAGACUUCUGAAGAAACAGGGCUACUCAACAGCACUGAUCGGGAAGUGGCACCUUGGGAUAAACUGUUACAACACAACUGACUUUUGCCACCACCCUUUACGCCAUGGCUUCGAUUACUUCUAUGGGUUUCCUAUGACCAACUUGCGGGACUGCAAACCCGGGUCAGGCACAGUCUUCUCCGAAGCGUACUGGUGGCUGGUGUUCUUCCCGCUGCAGAUCCUAGGGGUCACUGUGUUCACGCUGGCCGUGCUGCACUUCCUGAGGCUGAUCCAUGUGCCCAUUUGGGUCUUCAUUGCCCUCUUCCUCCUGGUGGGCCUGAUCGUCUCCCCGUUCCUGUGUUUCCUUCACUAUUUCCGGCCCUUUAACUGCUUCCUGAUGAGGAACUAUGAGAUCAGGCAACAGCCCGUGUCCUUUGAAAACCUCACUCAGAGGAUGACGCUGGAAGCCACCAGGUUCAUACGAAGGAAUACUGAGAGACCCUUCCUCCUUUUCGUGUCUUAUCUCCAAGUGCACACGGCCCUCUUCUCUUCCAAGGACUUUGCCGGCAAAAGUCGCCAUGGCCUUUACGGGGACGCUGUGGAGGAGAUGGACUGGAGUAUAGGGCAGGUUCUGAAUGUCCUGGAUGAGCUGGGACUGGCCGACAAUACCCUGGUCUACUUCACAUCAGACCAGGGAGCCCACGUCGAAGAGGUGACGAGCAAAGGGGAGAUGCAUGGAGGAAGCAACAGGAUCUAUAAAGGAGGAAAAGCAAACAAUUGGGAAGGAGGUAUUCGGAUCCCAGGCAUCCUUCGAUGGCCAAGUGUGAUACAGGCUGGCCUAGAGAUGGACGAGCCAACAAGCAACAUGGACAUAUUCCCUACGGUAGUCAAACUUGCUGGAGCAUCACUGCCCCAAGACAGGCAAGUCCAUCUGGAAAACCUUUUACUUCACACCCAACUUCACUCCGGAGGGUGCCAAUGGGUGCUUUGCCACACAUGUGUGUUUAUGUUUCGGAAAGCACAUCACCCAUCACGACCCGCCUUUGCUGUUCGACCUUUCCAGCGAUCCACAGGAGACAAACCCGCUGACGCCGGCCACGGAGCCCCGUUACCAUGACAUCCUCCGAGCCAUGCAGGCAGCGGCAGACGACCACACCAGGAGCCUGCAGAAAGUCCCCAACCAGCUGUCUAUGUGGAACUUUUUCUGGAAACCGUGGCUCCAGCUCUGCUGCCCCUCAGCCUCCUCUUCACUGUCUUGUCAGUGUGACCGAGAAAAACAGGGUCAAAGCAUGAGCAAUUAGCCAUGAGCCGCUCUGUGCCUGGAGACGGGAAGCACGCACGUGGCUGGGUUCCCCAUCUUCAUCGCCGAUGCUGUGUCUUACCUUGCUACCUUGGAAAUGUACCCAUUCCUUGUCCUAUCCCUGGAAGUCAUGAAUGGGACAUCCGUGCUCACCCAGCUGGGGAUUGCUUCCAGGGUCUGCAGGGGAACAGUGAUCAACAGAUAUCUUCCGCAGCCAUGUUCUUUGGUCUUGGUGUCAGCUGAGUGGAUGUGACAUUCACUUCUUAUUGAAGACAAGGCGGGGCAAGUUCAAGGGUGACUUCAUCCAUCCUCCCACUGAGGGGAUAAGAUGUCAUUUCCUUGUUCUCUUCAAGUUGUUCUGGAACCUGAAAAACUAACCAGCACAGCGGCACACAGAUGGUCACAUUCCCAGACUUUAGUAGAUGCUAAUGUAUUCAGGUUUAUAACAAAUGAAAGCCCGACCUCUUUCCCGUUCAAAGAGGAUGGCAGGUUCCUAUUUGAUUAUAGGAAGUUAACUCAGUAUUAUUGUUAUCGCAACACGUAUUAAAUGCUUUUCACCACAUAGAUAGAAGCACAGAUACACGGAUACACGUAUGUACACAGUUUGUUUUCUUGAGAAGGUUAAGAUGGGUGGGGAAUCUCAGUGUUCAUUACUAGUUAAGCAAUAAAAGCUCCUCGAUAAAUUUGGGCAGUGAAUCUAUUGCCAAAUCUUUCAACCAAAGUAAGCCCAAGACAGAGCCCUCCUGAACUUACUUCUAGUAUAUCACCCGUAGUAUAUGUCACUCUCCUAUUUUGCUGUUUGGCAAGUGAGACUGGGAAUUACAAGGAAAUAGGAGGAUGCUACCUUCCCAGGGAUCUCUUGGAACAUAAUUCAGAAUUACUAACAUGGAAACCGUAUGUUAUCUGGGGUCCACACAGCAUGGGGCACAUGUCAGCCAUGAUUUAUCAGCAUGAAAGAGAUUAUCUUGACUUUGAGGCAUGAACCAAUGAGGAGAAAUCAGUAGGUAAUGUUGGUACCUACUUGUGGUUUUUGUUUUUAGUCCCCGGAUGGAAGAACUUGACUUGGGAUCAACCAUGAGAUGUGUGAUUUUGUGUUAAUCCCACUUCUCCCAAACCUCAGAACUUUUGGGAAAAUCGGAACCAGGUCACGUAGGAGAUGAAUGAGGUGAUAGAUUUCCAAGUCUGCCUGGGGUACCAUUUCUCCAGCCUUGGAACUGGAAGUGUGGUUAUUUCUUUGCACAUCCUCUCAGAAAAUGAUUAAUGCCUUUAUGGACAAAUGGACAAGCCAGAGUGCACCAGAGUACCGGUCCUCUGUCAGUUUGGGGGAUGUGUGUGGUCAUCCUGUUUGCCCAGCAUAGACCAUGCAGGGAAAUGGGGUGAUAGAGGUCUCUUGGAUGAUUGGAGAGAUAUGGAUGCCUGUCUUGGGCUUUCUGAAAACUGAUCAUAAUAUCAUGAAUUCCUCUACAAAAAAGCCACCCAAGAGUCCACAGCAUUUCCCCAGUAGCUCUUAUUUUAAUUUUUGCUUUUUUUUUCCUGGAAGAGAAAUCAAAAAAAGAAAGAAACAGAAGAAAUGAUGCCAAUACCAUUGUGUCCCUGGACUUUUUAACACUGCAAAAUGAACCAGAUUUUUCCUGUUAACAUGCAUUUCUUACCCUGGAAAUUGUGCAAAAUAUGCUGUUUUGUUGCAGGAAGUAUUCUUAACCAAAGACUGGACGGGGAUGUUGAUGUGUGUGGAGAUUAUUCCUAAAAAGCAUCAAAGAAACCCAUGACUUCUAAACUCAGACUUUAGGAUGUCAUUGCUUAUUGAAGAAGUCCGUGCAAGCGGACUUUUAGGACACUCUGAAGGGUGUGGGGAUGUCUGCUGUGGAUUCUGCCACUAGAAGCACUUUUAUAGAUGAGACUGUAGACCCGUUGGGGUACAGAAUUAGAUAUUUAAUGUGUGAGAUGUUAAGAGGGCGUGAAACACAAUAUAUACCUCUCUCAGCACAGGAACUGAGCUUGAAAGUGCCUCAAAGUAACUGAGACCACUAUUACAAUUCAGGGCAUUUCAGAGACGUGUUGAUUUCCAAUAACCAUAGUGACCAUAGAUUUCAAACUUGUAACCAUCUCAAGGUUUUGCUUUGAAUGUAUACAGGAAAUUUGAUUAUUUGGAAGGGAGAGGGGCAGCCCAGGAGAGGUGUAUCAAAGCUUGAAGGCACAGAUGCUGUUCGUUUUUAUAAUUUUGCAGAGCCUUAAGAUAUGGUUCCAUAGUUUCAAAGCUCCCUAUUGAUAUCAUUGCUUCGGCUCUGUAUUCAACUGUUAAUGCAUUCUGAAGCUUUGGGUGAGUUCUUCACAAAGAAAUUCGUAUUCCUCAUGUUAAUGUUGAUGCCAAAGUUAAGCAAACAGCUCAGUCUUGCAUGCACUGGCAUCGUUUUUACCAGUCUUUGGCAUUGCAAGAAAAAUAAACUUGUAAGUGCCAUAUGUAUGUAAGAGAGAACUUAAAAGAGGAGGCCAAUGUUUUAAACUUCCCUGGAUAACAUGCAAUAUAGAACGGGCAAAAAACAGUAAGUUUCAAAUUUAAAAAAAGCCACAUGCACACACUCACACAGGGAUAGUGUUUGGCCCAUUACCCCAAAAUGCUGCUUUCAGAAUGAUUGCAUCAGAUGUAAGGAUCCUUAAUCACAUGCUAAUGCAAAGCUGAAUAAAAUGCUUCUUGCAAUUAAAAA